UUGAGUUGAAAUGGUUGCAAUGUUUGGGUGUCGUUGUCCCCCAUGGUCACUUAUCAACAACUGUUCAACCGGCAUUUCGUUGCGUGAUAGUUAGCUUGCUUCUUAACUGCAGUUUUAUUUUCCAAGCUAGUAACUUUAGCCUGUUAUCAUUCAUUUGGGAACACUUUUCUCGUCUCUUUGGAGCCAUUCGAUGUCUCUGUGUAAACCCCAAAGGAGCUUGCUAAAUUAGCUACUUAGCAGUGAAACUAAGGAGGGUUGACAGCUAGGUUAGAAUUAGUUUAGCCUAUUUGACGUGCCGAGUUCGACAGAAUAAAAAUGAGUCUAUCAGCCAAGAAAAAAGGGACAUCGAAUAAACGUCAUACUUGUAAAGAUGUCAAACAAGCAAGUCAUGGGGCUCAGAGGAAGCACAUCGACUUCAGAAUCCUUGCUGAGAGGAAUCCAUCUAUAAUGACAGUAGGAGCAUGGGUGGAAAGUGUACAUGAAUGGCAGGAACAUCCAAACGACCUUGCUGUACACACAGAGGAGUUGCAGACCGAGAUUCUGCGAAAAAAGGAACUUGAUUUGCUCAGAUUUCAAGAUGCUGUGCGCCGACGUGUGUCCCAACAAGCUCAAAUCCGUCAGAAACAACAGCUGCAGAGGUCUUAUGAAACGGUUGAACAGGACGGGCGAGUACUGCAGCAAAGCAGCGCCGCUGCCCAGCGUCUCAGCCCCAGGAGAGGCCCACAGCUUCCCUGCCCGCCUGGAGAGUUGGCCAUCUGCUCCCCCAGAGCCCGCUGGGUAAGGGCACAGGAGGUGGAUGCAGGAGGUGAUGCCCACACCAACCAGCAAAGUCCACAAGUCUGCAAAGUGGUGAAGCUUGUCCGGCACAGACUAGCUGCCUGUCAGACGGUCAAAGAGGGUGAUGAGAUGUCUGAACUCCCUGGGGGGCUAUGGAAAGUGUCCCCUACAAGAGAUAAGCAGAGAGCACAUACCUCAAGAGAAGAGGAGGAGGAUGAAGAAAACUAUAAAGAUUCAGAGGAGGAUGAGGAGAUCUCACUGAUGGGACAACAUGAUCACCCACUUUGUUUGCAGAAUCUUUCCUCAUCCAAGGAAAACAGAGUUAAGAGCGUCAGUUUUCAGAAUACAGAGGCGUGUGAGAGAUUGCUGAGAGAAGCCUACCCGACUGGUCCAUGUCCAGGCUUCAGCACAGACUACAGAGCUUCCAAAGUGCUGUGGCCUUACCAAGACCAGGAGGAACUUAAAAAACAGAGGCAGUCCCAGUUCCUAACGUAUCGCCGCCUCUUCAUGGACGUCGAGAGGGAACAAGUGAAGGAGCACCAGCGCCACCGGACACAUUUAAGAAGAAUCGCAAGAAUAAAAGCUGAUAAAGAGCGCCAAAGACAGGAGGAAGAGCAGAAGCUGGAAAGACUUCAGCAGCAGGAGGAGGAGAGAGAUGCACUUGCUGAAAGAGAGCACCUGAUUCUGGAGCGUCUGAGACUGGAGGAAGAGGAGAGGGCCAAGACUGUACGGAGGAAAGAAAAGGCACAGAAAAGCAGAGAGGCCACCAGGUACAUUGAUGCCCUGCGGGCGCAGAUGCGGGAGAGGAUAACGCAGGAGAAAGUCGACCUGCCUGCCCUGUGCUGCUGUGGAGACGGCUUCUGGGACUCCCACCCCGACAACUGCGCUAACAACUGUGUUUUCUACAAAAACCCUAAAGCCUAUGCUCAGGCCCUGCAGUCCGUGCUGCUGAGCUACGACCAGAGGGAGGGGAACGCCCAACACCGCGCCUCCACCCGCCGGCUGGCCUCCAUGUACGCCCAGUCCCCGCAGAAGUGAUGGGGUUUCUACUUUUCAAGUCACUUUUUUUUCUGACUUGAUUUCUUGGUUUGUGAAUGAACCAAAUGAAGCCAGGUUAUUACAUGGUUAUUCAGACGUGAAGUGAAGUUGUAACACUAUGAGGAAGACACUGGAUUUGUUUUCUUUGUAAGAUAGGAGACCUCUUGAACACACACAUUUGAUUUAGGAUUGUAUGACAUACAGUAUGAGAGUCUGUAAAUAAGUGGGUGUGCAGGGCAUAUGAUUUUGUUACCUGGAUGAAUGUAUUCCAAAGUGUUCCUUCUCAAUUAGUUUGUUGUACUGUUAGGUCACAUUCAGGCCCAGCAACACAGUAGGUUGGUCAGGGUAAAAUAAGGUGUGCAUAAAUAUCCAUUCCUUCAGGGCAAGCACAAUAUUAACACUGAUAAACACUAAAUAGUGGACAUACUGUAUGUGCUGCUUCACAAUGAAAGUGAGAAAAGAACAUAUUGAUAAGAUUGAUAAUGCCAGAAGACCUGUUACCUCAGAGGGAGUUGUUUACCAUUAGGGCAAAAGACAUGAGAGCUUUUUACCUUGAGUGCCUCUCCAGGGACAUCAAACAUGGGGAUUUGUAAAAGUUUUGAUGUAUUCAGGCAGCCUCAUGACAAUGACAGACACAAUGUGAAAUCUAAACGUUGUUGAUGUGAAAGUGACAAACAUGUACUUCAGUUGGCACACUGUCUAAUGGAAACAAACUCAAAUCUUAUCAGCAGAAGCUAUUGUGUGGCACUGAGGGCUACAUACGUAACCUCACAACCAAAUGACCUGAAUCAUUUCAUAUCAUAGUUGUACUGUGUUAAAGAGUAGAUUGUUUACAUUUUGACAACACAAAGCUAUUGCUACAUUCAGAGGUCCCUUCUGUGCUGCUCAGAAGCUGAAGGUCUUCCUUUAAGGUGUACUUUUGCAAUGUUCCCUGUUUGUGAAGACUAAUGUUUUAUGUGUGUCAUUAUUGUGAAAUAAAUGUUUCCCU